UGGGAGGGGAGUUGCCCAUUAAUAGAGCUGGGGACUGCAGUGGUGGCGCUACAGCCGGGGAGCCCAGCCCGGCAGCUGGCCGAGAUGGCGGCGGAAGUAGCUGCGGGGCCGCAGCGGGAGCUGGAUAACGGUUCCUUGGAGAUAACGCAGAGCACAGAAGAUGAUCCUCUACUCGAUGCACCACUUCUUCCACCUCAUGCAUUACAUUCCCAGUUGAGACCGAGAUUCCAUGCUAUUCCUACAGUCUUGGUUGCCAAUUUUCUGUUGCUUAUACAUGUUGCUUUUGUUGUUUUAGUAUUUUUAGUAGGUAUAUAUUGUUCUUAUGUAAACCCAAAUGAGGAUGAAUGCCCUGGAAACUACACCAACCCACUUAAGGUGCAAAGUGUCAUAAUCAUUGCAAAGGUAAUUCUGUGGAUUCUGCAUGUUGUCUUUGAACGAUAUGUUCAGCAUCAUCACGGUAAAGUCAGAUGCAGAGGAUACCUCCUGAUCUACCGAUCAACAAGACAUCUUAAAAGGCUGCCACUCCUUAUACAUUCUACAGGAAAUGCAGCCCUGCUUUUGAUACUGUCAGCUCAGCAUUCCUUUCCUGACUAUAGUAAGAAGUAUCUCUACCUUAUCCUUGGAGUCUUGUGUCUGGAGCUGAUUUGUUCUUUGACAUGCAUAGUCAUUUACACAGUAAAAAUAAGCAAUUUCAACAAAGCAAGGCCAAGGCCUGAUAUAAUUGAAGAAGAAAAGAUGUAUGCUUACCCCAGUCACAUUACCUCAGAGAUUGGAUUCAGGGAAAGCUCAAGUUUGGAAGAAAUAGUUGAAAAGCAAGGAGAUGUAAUAGAUUAUCUCCAACGACACAAUGCGCAGCUCAGCAAGAGACUACUAGCACUAACAUCACAGCAAAUCAGAGGUUAAAGAUAUCCAGGAAGCUGCUGCUGCAUUUUAAGAAGAAUCCAAAGCAAUGUAAUUUGAUUUGGAGGACAGAUAACGCCACUUGAGACCUGUACUACUUCCAUUAAAGACAGUAAUCAAGUUGGAAGUAUGAAUUCUAUUAGAAGUGUAAAAUCUGCAGCUGGAGAUGCUGUCUAUUUUGAACAAACGCUUUCUCUGAGGAUGUUAACUUUUGCUGGGCUGAAGAUGGACCUGAGCUCUCUGACUAAACUUUUGUUUUAAUGUUGUUCAAUUGAGAUUUUUGCACUGCUGUAACAAACUCCAAACUACCAAAGUCUUAUGUGCUUCUAGAACUCAAACAUUUGUUUUCCAGAAUGAAACAUUGG